AUGAAUUACGCCAGCAGAGGCAAACAUGAUCCAAAAGCGGAACAAAAUAAUCAACAUUUAAAAGCAUUGUUUUGGGUUCACUUUCACCGAAUGCCAUUCAAGGCGAUUCCAAAGAAGUUAACUGUGGCACUUAUGACAAGGGUCGCAAAAAUAUCCAACUACUAUCCGGCAAAAGGUGGGUUGUCUGCAUACUACAGCCCGCAUAUGAUUAUACAUCAACAAAUGGUUGAUGCCUCUAACGAAUUUGUCGCUGAGAUUGGUGCACAUGUCCAUGGAUAUGGCCAUGACACCAAGAAUAAUGUGACUGCUCGGACAAUCAAAGGUGUUUACAUGGGACCCACCAACGAUAUCCAAGAAGGACACCAUAUCUAUGAUCUGAACACAAAGUACGAAGCACGACGUGCGAAAAUCAAGGUUCUUCCGAUGACUGACCAAUUCAUCAAGAUUAUAGAAGAAGACGCAAGAUUGGAAGGAGUGACGGAAUUACGCACCUAUUCCAAGCGUAAUGGCAAGCUAAUCCUCGACGGUGAUUUGCUUGAAGGAGUGGACCCAGAUGGACUGUGGGAUGAAAACUACGUACCAGUAAACAAAAUCGAAAGACUGAGUGAUGUAACAAAUAAAGGUGACUGUGCUAUAGGAUGCGAGAUGCGCCGUACUGAUACGAACGUGUACGAUUGCAAGCGGUCUGUGAGUAGUAAGGAUAAAUCGGCUGCUUACGAAAGCUGUCGAUGA